GAGGGAGGGGGGCGGGCAGUGAGAUCAUCCCCAUCAACCAUGAUCCAUUAUUCUGGAGCUCUCCAUCCGUGAAUAGGCGAGCGCAAUGCAGUGCAGUGCAGUACAGUACAGCGCAGCGCAGUUGCAGUGCCGCGCAGAUCGUUCCCGCGCAUGCCCGCUCGGCCCAGCCUCUCCCACUCCCUCCCUGGGCCCCUCCAGACUUUCUCCUUCCGCCUCGAACUCCCCCCACCACCAAGUACCGUACCAAGAACCAUCGCAUCGCCGAACAAACGACGAGAGGGCUGCCGCACUAAUCCCGAGGAAUCACAAUCCGGCAACCUGCCAAGUGUCACAUCUGGUCGAUCCAGACAUGCGCCGAGAACAAAGAAAGAAACAACCGAAAUUCUGCUUGGCUCAAGACUUUAUUGCUCCGGUGCUAACGACCACUACUGCACAGUACAAUGAUGGGCAGGUAACCAUCUCUAACCAUCUCCUCCGUAUACUGUACAUGAUCCAACCCCUCAGCCUGCACCAUCCAUACAUGUCCGAACAGCAUGAAAUAGAAAAAAAAAAAUUAUCCCCCCAAUAACACUUCACCGAUUGCUCAGAGGAAGCUGUAACCCGACCAUCGUCGUCCGUUCGAUUGGUACUAUGUACUUCCCGGAACGUCCACCGGUCCCCCCGUCUCCGGUUUUGUGCCACCGGGACAAGAGUGCCUUUCGUUUUCUAUUCCUUCACCGAAGGACGGAGUUGUAGCCGGUCAGGUCAGGUCAGCCUUCUUGGCGCGAUGGGAGCA